GCACUGUUACUGCUCACUACAGCAACGGGCUUAAAGACUAGAGCUUCUUUCAGUCAUUAACUGAUUGAGGAUUUACUAAGAGGUCUAUUCAGCCUAUGGAGUGAUACUGAGUUCUCGAAUCCUUUGGAUAUAAUUCAAUACUAAGGACCACUACAGGUACCUCUCUAUCUGACGUUAAUUCCAGUUCAGCACCAUGGUCACACACAGCAAGUUCGACACAGCAAUGACCAGCUGCGCCAUCACCCCUCACUACUACAGGACAUUCAGCUCCAAGCUGCAGUACCAGCUGGUGCAGCAGGCAUGGUGUCGACUCCAGCAGAGUGGCUUCUACUGGGCCUCAAUCAGCGGGAAAGAAGCAGGCACUAUGCUGGCACAGGAGCCGAGUGGCACUUUCCUGAUCCGCGACAGUGCUGACAGGCGGCACUUCUUCACACUGAGCGUCAAAACACCAUCGGGCACCAAGAAUGUCCGCGUGCAGUGCGACAACCGCUCAUUCUUCCUGCAGACAGAUGCUGAGGGUGAGCGGACAGCGCCACGUUUUGACUGUGUCCUCAAGCUUGUAUACCACUAUAUGAACUCUCCAAAACAGCCCAAGGAAAACUCGCGAAGUGCAUGCUACAUCUACUCAGGAGGGGAGAAAGUUCCUCUGGAACUGUGCAGACCCUACUCCUGCAACAUGUCCUCACUGCAGCACCUGUGCAGAAAGACAGUCAAUGGCCACAUGGAGAUCUUGGCCAAGAGGGACGAGCUGCCUCAGCCACUAAAGGACUUUCUACAGGAGUAUGAUGCUCCCAUUUAAAUGACAAAUCCAAGUCAUGUGAUGCAGUCACACCGAUGUCAAGGAUUUGAGUAGAGCAGCUAAGAAAAUCGAAAGGAUAGAAUGGAAUGAGCAGUGUGGUACAGUAUGGGCUCGCUGCCAUCAAAAACAUACUGCAGGAGAAGAUGAUGAACCUGAACCAGCUAGGCAUAGAUAACCGGAUAGUCUAGGCCAACAGAAGACUGAGCUCAGAAAGUUGAAACUCUGCAAACACAUCUAACUUCAGGGAGCAGAGAUUUGGAGUGUAACGAGUUGGUUUGAGCUUCGGAUUAGUUAACACAAACCGAGAGUGCGUGCUGCUAUUUGUCAUGUUGGGAGAGAUCAACCCACUGAACUCCCUCAGACACCUUUAUUUGCACAAUAAAUUAACAUCAAGACAAUGGCCCACUUUUUAGUUCUUUUAGGAACUGCAUCAAGUCAAGAGGAGUGAGUGUAAAAGACUGUCUUUGUCAAUGGAACAGUUGCGGUCUUUUCUGCCCUUGUAACAUGAUUCGCUCUUUCUACCCAAUGGGAACUUGUCUCAGCCUCCCCAGUGCCCAAAAUACCAAGAGCAACCCUGUCUGGACAUUUAACGGAAACCAGUCACCACCUUCUUCCAAGGAAUCAUUAUGCCUUUUGUGGAAAAAUGAAGAACGAAACAAACAACAGCACAGCAACCAAGCCAGAAGAGAAUAAAAAUAAUCAUGAAAGACUCAAAAAAAUAUAUAUAUUAUUGGUUCCACUGGUUUAGAUCAAAACCUGUAUGGAGAAAUAGACAAUGAAAAAGCACUGUAAUAUUUAUGCAUCAUUGAGUAAUAUUAAUCCACAACCAGAGAGUUUCUUAGAAUGUGAGAAGACAGUAAGGUUCUUGCUUAUGAAUGUAUUUAGAUGGGGAAACUUAACCCUCUUCAAGGGGCCACCCUCAAAUUAUUCUUGUACUUGUUUACAUUAUUUACAUGUGUGAAGAUUUUUUUUUUUUAAAUCUGCUGUUGUUUUAAUGCUACAACUGUUAAUGUGACUUCAUACUGUAUGAAUGCUUGAAAAAGAAAACCAUUGAAACAACAACAAAAGCAAGCAGACUGAAAAUACUUUGCACAUAUUUAUAUUUCUAAGCGAUUUCAGUAAUUUAUAUUAAAGAGCACUAUUUUUUUCUAACAA